CACGACCAAUCUCAUCAUGGUUCAGGCCUCCUGCCCCAGGGCGCCCUAUCUGCACAUCUUAAUAACACAGAUAAGUUCUUCAGAGUGCCGGUAAUGAAAUACAGCUUGCUUCUGUAGAAUAGAACAGUCAUGCUCUCGCUCGCUCUCACACACACACACACACACACACCACACACACACACACACACACACACACACACACACACACACACACACACACACACACACACACACACACUGCUGCUGUGAAACAGAACAGUCAUGCUCUCACUUUUGACCUGCUUCCUGUGGACCCUGGUCAAAAGUAGUGCACUAUAAAGGCAAUAGGGUGUUAUUUGAGUCUUAACCAGGUUAGAAUCAUGUCACUUCCCUGACAGUGGGUUUUAACAUGGAGUGACAUGUGACAAAGUCAACCUGACAGAAUGCACACACCAAAAAAUGCAUUCAGGCAGGAAAUAUCACAAAUCACUCUUCCUAGACUCUCUGUCUUUCUCUUCUUAGCAAACACCAUUCUAUAAAUCCAUCAUUUGAAUAGAUUCUUUACCUUGUCUCAAGUUCACCCAGACCAAGACUGCUGUUUAAUGGUUGUUGUUGUUUAUCCCGAGUGGACGGACAAAUAUAUCCGCUGUCUGUGUUUACUCUGAUGAGGGCAAAGUGAUUUUUUACGGCCAUAUAUACAAGGUCGGGUUGUGUGACACUCUUACUCACUAGAUUUAGCGACAGAGUAGCCUUUCUGACUGGCUGUCAUCAGAGUAAACACAGACAGCGGAUAUAUUUGUCCGUCCACUCGGGAUAAACAACAACAACCAUUAAACAGCAGUCUUGGUCUGGGUGAACUUGAGACAAGGUAAAGAAUCUAUUCAAAUGAUGGAUUUAUAGAAUGGUGUUUGCUAGGAAGAGAAAGACAGAGAGUCUAGGAAGAGUGAUUUGGCAUGACGUCCUCAUUAUAACACACAGGUUACGUCCUAAAUGGCACCCUAUUCCCUAUGUAGUGCACUACUUUUGACCAGAGCCCUAUGGGCUAAUGCGCUACAUAGGGAAUAGGGUGCGAUUUGGGACAAAGCCACAGUCAGGAUGACAGGGUGAGAACUGUGAACAAAAUCCCAUGCUGAAUGUCAGAAAUGCUUUUGUGCUGUACUCUCUGCUCUUUAGGUUAUUGGUUGGACCCACAUACUGUCACACAGGAACAUAAAUGUUAUUGAUAAAAAGUGCGACUUUUGUUUUGGGGAUGUCUUGUGACUUUGAGAUGGAGUUGAACCAGUUGAGAUACAGAGAUGUGAGGAUGGGAACUCAUAUCUGUCAAGGAAUCUGAUGAGAUCUUCUAUGUAAUGCAGUUCUGAAGCAACAGAGAGCAGUAUAUCAAAUCAAAGUUUAUUGGUCGCGUACACAAUUUUGCAGAUGUUAUCGCAGGUGCACCGAAAUGCUUAUGUUUUUAGCUCCAACAGUGCAGUAAUAUCUAGCAAUACAAUAACCAAAAACGUUUUUAAAAAAGCAAGAAAUUAAGCAAUAUCAGAACGAGCAAUGUCAGAGAAUAUAUACUGAAUAAAAAUAUAAACGCAACGUUUUCAACAAUUUUGCCGAGUUACAGUUCAUAUAUGGAAAUAAGUAAUUUCAAAUAAAUUCAUUUGGUCCUAAUCUAUGGAUUUCAUGACAGGGCAGGGGCGCAACCAUGGGUGGACCUGGGAGGGCAUAGGGCCCACCCACUUGGGAGCCAGGCCCAGCCAGAAUGAGUUUUUCCCCACAAACUUGAUGAUUGAGACGUGGGUAGCUACGCAGUCAUCGGUGUACAAGGAGUUCAGGAGGGGGCUGAACACUCACCCCUGUGGGCCCUCCCCCCCCCCCCCGUGUUGAGGAUCAGCGUAGGGGAGGUAUUGUUGACUACCUUCACCAUUUGGUGAAGCACUUCAUGAUGACAGAAGUGAGUGCUACGGGGCAACAGUCAUUUAGUUCAGUUACCUUCGCUUUCUUGGGUACAGGUACAAUGGAGGACAUCUUGAAGCAAGUGGGAACAACAGACUGGGAUAGGGAGAGAUUGAAUAUGUCCGUAAACACUCCAGCCAGCUGGUCUGCACAAGCUCUGAAGACGCGGCUUGCUGUUGUUUUCCUCGAAGAGGGCUUAGCUUGUCCACGAGGCUUUUCCUUUAUAAUCUGUGAUUGUCUGGAGUCCCUGCCACGUGCGUCUCGUGUCUGAGUCGUUGAAUUGCGACUCCACUUUUUCCCCGUACUGAUGUUUUGCCUGUUUGAUUGCCUUACGGAGGUCAUAGCUGGUCUGUUUGUUCACGUCCAUGUUCUCAGUCACCUUGCCGUGGUUAAAAGCGGUGGUUCGCGCUUUCAGUUUUGCGUGAAUGCUGUCAUCUAAUCGUCACAGUGGGAACAACGUCCUCUAUGCACUUCCUGAUGAACCCAGUCACAGAGUCCGUGUAUAUGUUGAUACUAUUCCCAGAGGUGACCCAGAACAUUUCCCAGUCCGGGUGAUCAAAACAGUCUUGAAGCAUGGAUUCCUAUCGGUCAGACCGACUUUGAACAGUCCUUAUCACAGGUGUUUCUAGUUUAAGUUUCUGCCUAUAGGCGGGGAGGAGCAGCGUGAUCUGAUUUGCCGAAGGGAGGGCGGGGGAGGGCCUUGUAGCUGUCCCAGAAGGGAGAGUAACGAUGGUCAAGCGUUGUUCUCUUUGUGUGUAGCGCAGCAGAUGUGUGUUCCCUCAGAUUUCCUUUAUUAGUCCCCAGCUACAAUAAAUGCAGCCUCAGGAUAUGCGGUUUCCAGUUUGCACAAAGUCCAGUGUAGUUCUUUGAGAGGCGUCACACAUGGCAGUGACAACCUAAGAAAAUUCUCUCGGGAGGUAAUGUGGUUGGCAUUUGAUGGUGAGGUGUUCCAGAAUGAGAGAAAAAAAAGGACAUGAGCAGCCCCACAAUCGCACCAUGAGUUGUUAACCAUGAGACUAACCCUUAUACUUUUUGUUUUCCAGGAGAGUUCUUUCUUCCUGUCCACACGAUGAACGGAGAACCCCGCUGGCUGUAUGGACGGGGACAAUAUGUCCUGAGAGAGAGCCAUGAUUCCGUAACACUGAGUAUGUUACAGUCCCUUAUGUCUCUCUGAAAGGAGAUCCUCGUCCAUUGUAUUGUCCAGAGACUGAACGUUAGCGAGUAAUGUACUCGGAAACCGUGGAUGGUUUGGGCGCUGCCUGAGUUUUGGUGUACCACCCAGGAUGAAUAGGGGCUGCCUCGGGAAGUCCAAACAAAGGAUCCAGGUCAGGUGGUAGUCGAGGUAGCUAGCUUGCUUAACAUUGACAUAUGGUCAAACUAGCUACAUUCUCCAUAUUGAUAAGGUUGUAAUUGUCAAAAACUGAUUUGUUGUCAUCUUUUGGUUGAAAAUGUAAAAUGUCAGUGGUGAAACGUUACCAGUCUGCAACUCGGGUAACAACAUUUUUUCAGAGUUUCCCACUUGUGAUUCCGACUUGGAGGGUCGUUCAAGUGAAAUUUCCCACUGGGAACUUGGAGCUUCCGAUAACUCCAAUAGCACGUGAACGCAGCAAGUGUGUGUCCAAACGGAUCGAAAGGGAGGGGGGCUUUGGCUGAGAGUUUCCUUUUGCAAGGGUGGAGACUUUUUGCCAGAACUCUCUAUUUCUAACACAAUAUGAACACGCAGCUGACCAAAUUACACAAGAUUUUACUUUUGGGUUAACAAAGAUUUCUCACACUCUGAUCUCUCUGCCCGUUCUCUUUCUCUCUCUCUCUCUCUCUCCCUCUCUCCAUUCUAGCCUUACAUUACCGGAAAGUCCUGCACGGCCAGCAGAGACAGAAAUAGCCCGGUCACAAGGCAUGCUCUGGUCUGGCAAAGUCACAAACCGGCAGGCCUCACAGCUCACACACACCAGUCUCUCUCUCUCUCUCUCACUAAGGUUCAAACUGUUAUAUCAGUGGAAUAGUAGAUCUGAUAUGGUUUGUUGUACAGAAGGCCCUGCAUGUUUCAAUACUGGCUUCUCUCAUAUCUUAACAUGAUUGUAACAUAAAGGUGAGUAUUCACUCUGGUGGAGGUGGCUCCUCUGCAUGCAACCUGGACUCAGGGAUAGACGUAACAUAGUUGAAAUCAGGUUCAUUUUUGGUUAUGAAUGAAAGUUGAAAAGACGUCAUUUACAGACAUUGAAAAUACAUUUUUUUUUGGUGAUUUAUUCUAUGGCCACAUACAGUACAUUCUCAAUGAAGGAAGCAUUAUAUCACCAUUUUUGAAUCCAUUUAAAAUAGGAAAGAGGAGCCAACUGCAGAUUGCAACAUAUAAUAUUUAUUAUUGCUCCCAUCUGUCAAAUGCCCUUAUGUUAGCUUUUUCAAAAGCUUUAAAACUGGCACCAACAGACCACUUCAACUACAAUAACAUUCUCAGUAUAACAGACUGUGUGAUAUGUUGUUUAUCUACCUUAUUUGAAUGUACUGACUGUAAGUCGCUCUGGAUAAGAGCGUCUGCUGAAUGAUCCAAAUGUAAACGUGAAAACAAACACUUGCAAAGCAUGCUGGGUAUUAUUCUAAUGAGCUCCGCCCCCAAACAAGUACACAUUUGGUCGUCCGGACCAGAACAAAUCUGAAUUAAUCAUAAACAUCUAGGUUAUGUUUUACAAGUUUGAACAGCACAGUACAGUGUGGUUCAGUACAGUUAGAGCAACAGUAGAGUACAGUAAAGUAUGGUAAAGUACGGUAAAGUACGGUAAAGUACAGUACAGUUUAAUUCAGCUGAGUACAGUACUGUACCGGAACAAAUCUGAACCAAUUAUAGACAUCUAUGCUUGGGCCAAAUAUAGGCCGGUACGGACCAUACGUCUGUGGAUGCGGUCCGGACAGGACCAAAUCUGAACCAAACAUAGACGUCUAUGUUUGGGCCAAAUCAAAUCGGACGUUGAACUCAAGGCAGGACCACACCAAAAAAAAAAGACCCCCCAAAAAAUGGACGGACCAGACAAUAGUGUGCAACUGCAGCCUCCCCUUCCUUCAGGACUUCUUCAUGCUUGUGAAACUUUUGAAUGUGGGUGAAAGGGAAAAUAAAGUAUAAUCGGAGUGUUUUCGACCCUCGCUUCCUGGGGUCCUCCUUGCUAGCUAGCGGGAGCGAAACCGGUAGACAUUAUCCUUCACUGCCGCCUGCUCGAACACCUGCCCUCACCGUCGUUAACAGAACUUCGGGAAAACAGUGUCCAACAGGCGGGGGGCGAAGGACACUGUCUACCGGUCGCCCCCGCCUCCCACUAGCACAGCAGGCACCGUAUUUUAGCUAACUAGCUAGCUUGCUAGUUAGGGACACCGCGUGCUAGCUAACAUGCUAGUUAUCUAGCUAGUACACGGUGUCACUCCUGCCUGCUGUGUACUGUGCUGUGUGCCUGCUGGAAAACAUUGCCCGACAGGCGGUGGACGAAGGACACUGUCUACCGGUGUACGGCUGGCUAGCUACCGUUGUCACCCCCGCCCCUUCUUCUGAUGGGUGUAUCAGCUGCUGGCAUCCAACGUUAUUGUGCAUUAAGGCCGCCUACUUUACCGGAGCGCCCCCGCCUCCCGCCUGUUCUAGGUUAACAAUUGACCAAUAGAAGUAUAAAGAGGGGUUCCCAUAGAGGCAGGAAUGCCCACAUGCAGGAACGCCCCGAAUUGCAGGUCGCAAUUGCACCCUUCUCUGAACAGACAGGACCAAAAAACAAAAAAGACAUCCAAAAGACGGUCUGUGCUUUAGUGUGUAUAUGGGGCGUCCAGAAAGACCACACAGCAGGAGUGAAUAAGUUGUUUACAUCUUUGUUAAUUGACCAUAACACCGUUUUAAUCUAGCGUGGACGGGCUUCCUUUUUGAAAAGGGUAAAACUCUUGACGCACGGCUGGUGAGCACCGCAGUUAUUACGGUAGCUCUAGGACAGGGAAUAAGACAGCUGGCGGUUUCAACACCGGGCUAAACGCAACGGAGAAAACAGGAUAGAGGAGAUCAGGACUGCAGCGGGGGUUGAUUUGGAUCACAUUUGUUCGGUAAAAGAGUUGAGUUUGGGUUUUGCUUUGUAGUGAAUUUUCUAUAGUGUCAAAUGCUCAACAAUAUAGGCUAAGAUAAUGUUUGCGCAAGUCAUGUAAACACAUUAACGGAGCUAUAACGGUUUGUUGAGGCUAUUAUUAGCCCAGCCCAAGCCUAUAAUAUCAAGUUUGAGAUAUGAGAGUAAUAGAAAAGAGACAGACAGUCCCAUUUUACAAACAAAGAAUCUAAGGGUAAAGAACAACAGAGAGAAAAUGUUUGAACAAUGUUGUAAAUGUAAAGCAAUGGAUUGAGCAUAGACAUGAGUCAUGUUUAUCAUAGAUGUCCAUUGUGUAAAUAGUAUAAUUCUAAGUUAUGUGUUUUUUAAAUAGAAUUCAAACAAAGAAGUUAUGCUUUAUGAAUACAAAGUUGUAUAAUUUGGGGGUGGGAGACUGAGAGAUAGGGUGUGGUCCUGGACAUGUUCUGUGGAUAUAGAAGUUCGUGGAUCAAACCGUGCUUGAUGGCUAUUUUAGGAGACUAAACACUGGCGUGGGCUUAUUUUAAACGAACUAAGAUACCUUUCUUAGACUGUUUAUCUCAUAGUCUCACUAAUGGAGAAACUAUCUGAAAUCCUACAAUUGACUGCAAUACUGUGUGCUAUGCCAGAGGACAGCUGGUCCUCGCUGAGUGCUUCUCCUGUGAUAUAUUCUUAAUGAGAAUCUGAAUGACUUACAACUUAUUUGGAAGUCCGACAGCAUUCCCUUUUAUUUAUACACAAUUUCACAAGCUAAACAGUUUUUCCAUCUACUGUAGAAUCCAUCAUCAUAGACCACGUGUGUUUUGGUUCAAAGUUGACAUGCUACGAAACAUUUCAACAAGAGUGUGAGAACAAGUUUGACCUAACCCUAACUUUGUAGAAGUAGUUGUUUCUUUAUUAGAUGUUAUAUGUCCCUUUUCCCCCCCACCUCACCAGAUGCUAAAGCUAACUACCACUCUGAAAGGGAACAUUGUAGCCUUACUGAACUGCAGGAGAGGAGCAGCCAACAUUUUUCCUGUGGAAAACGUGGCUAUGUUUUAACCACUAGGCCAUAAGCCAACAAUCCUACAUUUUCCACCAACGUGUCAUCAUGUGGGUGAAUGUUAGGUCAAGUAAUCCAAUUCAAAAUGGCCUCCUUGGUCCCCCCUCGUGUCUUCUCCCUGCAUAAUCUUAUAGAAAUCUGUAGCAAGCACACUAGUGACUUUUUUAUUAUGAAACAGUAUUUUGAUCUUCCAAUGCAGUCUUCUCUGGUGCAGGUUCUGUGGAUGGUGUUGUGCUGAAAGAGCAGAAACCUGACCUCCACCAUUCAAUGACAUAUAAAGUAUAUUUUCAUUAGCCUAUGGUCCAAUAGCAUGUCUUUGUUCAUCCAGCCAUACAUGUUGAUCACAAUCAUAUAAUGUAAACAUUCAGUUAGGAUCCAUAAGAUGGCAAAGCCAGAAGAGGACUGGCCACAUUUUUACAUUUACAUUUUAGUCAUUUAGCAGACGCUCUUAUCCAGAGCGACUUACAGUUAGUGAGUGCAUACAUUUUCAUACUGGCCCCCCGUGGGAAACGAACCCACAACCCUGGCGUUGCAAACGCCAUGCUCUACCAACUGAGCCACAUCCCUGCCGGCCAUUCCCUCCCCUACCCUGGACGAUGCUGGGCCAAUUGUGCGCCGCCCUAUGGGUCUCCCGGUCACGGCCGGCUACGACAGAGCCUGGAUUCGAACCAGGAUCUAGUGGCACAGCUAGCACUACAAUGCAGUGCCUUAGACCACUGCACCACUCGGCCACCCCUCAGAGCCUGAUUCCUCUCUAGGUUUCUUCCUAGGUUUCUGCUUUUCUAGGGAGUUUUUCCUAGCCACCGUGCUUCCACAUUUGCAUUGCUUGCUGUCUGGGGUUUUAGGCUCGGUUUCUGUAUAAGCACUUUGUCAGUGGUGUAAAGUACUUAAGUAAAAAUACUUUAAAGUACUACUUAAGUCGUUUUUUUUAGGGUAUCUGUACUUUACUUUACUAUUUCUAUUUUUGCGAACUUUUACUUUUACUUCACUACAUUCCUAAAGAAAAUAAUGUACUUUUUACUCCAUACAUUUUCCCUGACACCCAAAAGUACUCGUUACAUUUUGACAGGAAAAUGGUCCUAUUUACAUACUUAUCAAGAGAACAUCCCUGGUCAUCCCUACUGCCUAUGAUCUGGCAGACUCACUAAACACAAAUGCUUUGUUUGUAAAUGAUGUCUGAGUGUUGGAGUGUGCACCUGGCUAUCCGUAAAUAAAACAUUAAAAUUAAAUGGUGCCGUCUGGUUUGCUUAAUAUAAGGAAUUUCAAAUGGUUUAUACUUUUACUUUUGAUACCUAAGUACAUUUUAGCAAUUCCAUUUACUUUUGAUACUUAAGUAUAUUUAAAACCAAAUACUUUGACUUUUACUCAAGUAUGACAAUUUAGUACUUUUUCCACCACUGCACUUUGUGACAACUGCUGUUGUAAAAAGGGCUCUAUAAAUACCUUUGAUUGCUUAGAUAUUGAUACCAUCUUAAACAGCAUGUCAAAAUGUUUCUCCGUUCUCAUUUCUGCUUUACAUAUCUUGUCUUGCAGGUUGAUUGUUUCCUGCAUAUCCUUAAAAAGACCAAAUAUGGGAAUGGUAAGUCAAUAUCGUAAUCCUGUCUCUUUGCCAUUCUCUCAGCGCUAUGUGUAGCUACAGCAAAGCUGUAAGGAUAAACGUAUCAUAUUCCAUAAUGACUGUACGAUAGCGUCUGCUAAAUGAUGUAAAUGUAAUAAUAAGGUAAGGACAAAGGAGGUGUCAUAUGAGAGUCAUUCAUCAGUCCCAGGGCGUCUGUUUAUUGUAAUGGCAGUAGGCUAGUAUAAGGCGUCACUCUUCCCUCUGCCUACCUGGACAUGUUAUUGACAGACAGACAGAGACAGACAGAGACAGACAGAGACAGACAGAGACAGACAGAGACAGACAGACAGAGCCAGACAGAGCCAGACAGAGACAGAGAGACAGAGAGACAGAGACACACACACAGAGAGAGAGAGAGAGAGAGAGAGAGAGAGAGAGAGAGAGAGAGAGAAGAGAGAGAGAGAGAGAGAGAGAGAGAGAGAGAGAUAGAGAGAGAGAGAGAGAUAGAGAGAGAUAGAGAGAGAGAGAGAUAGAGAGAGAGAGAUAGAGAGAGCUCUGGAAGGCGUACGACAGGCCUGCUUCUCUAUCUAAUACCUAGCCUCGGACACCCAGGUUCCGCUCACCUACGCUCUGAAAGCUCCAGUCAACAAGAGGAGAUUUGCAAGGAUGGCCCUGCUAGACUAUCUAAUAUGAAAACCAUGUCCUUUUUGGUUCUGCUGGAUCUGUUGGUUGGAGCAUGGUAUCAGCUACACAAAGAGUAGUGGGUUUGAUUCAUACUACUGUACAUGACCUCUGCACUCCACCAUCCUAGCUGCAUUGCCUUGGCAAGACAACCACAAGUUGGCCAUAGCACAGACAGACUGGUGCCAAGGAUAGUGCAGUGUCUGGAUGGAAGUAGCGAGUAGCCAAGCACUUGCUGUAGUUUAGUUUUACCAUGCCUGAACAGUCUGUUUGCUGAAAGGACUGUUGCUAUGGGCCCAUUGUUUUGGUCUUGUUGCUAUGUGGGUGAGACCUCCCAGCUGUCCUGGGGAGUGAUGGUCUCUAUGGUAGAGCUGUAGUAGGGGCACAUCUGAGCAUGUGCAGUGGCCUCCUUGGCUUUCUGGGUAGCAGAAAGAAUCUCCACAGAAACAGCAGCUGCAUUGAUAUGUUUCUCAGAUACAGGAUAGAAAAUACAUAUCAGAUAUAGGCUGGGGAUUCUUCAAGACAGAUCUGUAGUCUCUGAGCUGUUAUAUUUGGUUCUUGUUUAUGACAUGAUUUUCAACGUGUAUUUUCAGGCCAUAUGAACACUGGUAUUUUCCGCACUGCAUGUUUGAUUGAACUGCAGGCCAGGCGGCUGUAUUUUGUUUUUUACUGUGUUGAUUAGAGGUCAGCUUCUCUGAAGCCGAGUCAGACCCCUGCAGAGUGAGCAGGUCUGUGUGUGUGUAACCAGACUCCCUGUUCCUCCCUCCUACACCGCUGUUCUGGAGGGGGCAGCUGUAGGCAGGGGGACAGACGGGUGUCAGCUGUAGGCAGGGGGACAGACGGGUGUCAGCUGUCUGUCUGCCUGUCAGCCCUCUACUCAGGGCCGGCUGGGCCUCAGACUGUAGCCACAGCCCCUUCCUGUCCCCUGUACACCCACACAGCCCCUUCCUGCCCCCUGUACACCCACACAGCCCCCUUCCUGCCCCCUGUACACCCACACAGCCCCUUCCUGCCCCCUGUACACCCACACAGCCCCUUCCUGCCCCCUGUACACCCACACAGCCCCUUCCUGCCCCCUGUACACCCACACAGUCCCUUCCUGCCCCCUGUACACCCACACAGCCCCUUCCUGCCCCUGUACACCCACACAGCCCCUUCCUGCCCCCUGUACACCCACAACAUCCCCUUCCUGCCCCCUGUACACCCACACAUCCCUUCCUGCCCCCUGUACACCCACACAGCCCCUGCCUGCCCCCUGUACCCCCACACAGCCCCUUCCUGCCCCCUGUACACCCACACAGCCCCUUCCUGCCCCCUGUACACCCACACAGCCCCUUCCUGCCCCCUGUACACCCACACAGCCCCUUCCUGCCCCUGUACACCCACACAGCCCCUUCCUGCCCCCUGUACACCCACACAGCCCCUUCCUGCCCCCUGUACACCCACACAGCCCCUCAAAGGCUGUCACAUACUCCCACACAGCCCACAUACACACCCAUGGCCCUUUACACAGCCCCUCACUCCUUAAUUAACCCUGUGAUAGGCCCAGAGCAAUUCCUGGCAUCUCGUUUUUAUUCUUCUGUGCUCAACUGGUCAUACCCAGCGUCCAGUUGGCUCAAUCAACCCUUUCCCCUCCUCUGAAACUCAUUGUUGUGAAUGAGAAUGUGUUCUUUAACAGCUAACCUGACAAAGUUGAUAAAACCCUAACCGUCCUCUGAAACUCUGUCCCAGGCCAUUGUUGUGAAUAAUAAUAAUAAUAAAAAUAAUAUGCCAUUUAGCAGACGCUUUUAUCCAAAGCGACUUACAGUCAUGCGUGCAUACAUUUUUAUUUUUAUUUUUUGGUGUAUGGGUGGUCCCGGGGAUCGAACCCACUACCUUGGCGUUACAAGCGCCGUGCUCUACCAGCUGAGCUACAGAGGUUGACAGAAAGUGAUGCUUGUUUUUCCAGGGGUUCCGAGGCACAGUAACCGAUGCUCCAGACUUUGAUGCCAGUGCAGAUGCUGAGGCUCUCUACAAUGCCAUGAAAGGCAUCGGUGAGUAACAGUGUAGCUACGCUCAGUGUCUUCUGUAGGGCAGGGGUACACUAGCCUGGUAAAAACCAAACAGAACACUGCACACCUUUUUGUUUCAGUUUACUUCAGUUCUGUCUGGUUUAUUAACCAGGCUAGGAAUGCAAAAUUCCAACACCAGUAUUCACGACUGCUUAGAACAGGGCUGUCCGACCCUGUUCCUGGAGAGCUACCGUUCUGUAGGUUUUCACUCCGACCCUGUUCCUGGAGAGCUACCAUCCUGUAGGUUUUAACUCUAACCCUAAUCUAGCACACCUGAUUCUAAUAAUUAGCUGGUUAAUAAGAAUCAGGUUAGUUACAACUGGGGUUGGAGCGAAAAUCUACAGGAGGGUAGCUCAUAGAAAUAGAAUAUAAUCAUUAUAUUUCAAUGGUGUAGCUCUCCAGGAACAGGGUUGGGCAGCCCUGGCUUAGAAGGUUUGAGGGUAAAAUGUUGCUGAUGAUGUUACUGAUUAUCUUCCUCUGUGUUCUGCAGGCAGCGACAAGGAGGCCAUCUUGGAUUUGGUCACUGGCAGAAGCAAUGCUCAGAGACAGGAGAUUGUACAGGCGUACAAGUCUAGCUAUGGGAAGGUACAGGAACAUCACAUCAUAACAUCCAACAUCACAUCUGUCAUCACGUUUCUGUACCUUUCCAGAGCUGGACCUGGAUUGCAUAGAAAUUACAGUUUGGUUUUUUUGGAAACGUAUUUACAUAAACAUCACUAUGUAUCAUUUAUUGUUGAAUGCUUUGAGUACCCUUUGUUACUGUGACCCCCUCUAUGAUAUGUAGUUAAUACCAGGUCAAUACUGGAUCAGGUAAGUACCAGCUAAAACCACGGUGUAAAAUAAAGCUUUACCACAAAUUGCACAAUUCAGUGUGCCAUUUGUUAGAAGGUACAAUACAUCUUAGUUAAAUACCAGACGUUAGGCCUCCCGAGUGGCGCAGUGGUCUAACUGUGCCACUAUAGAUCCUGGUUCGAUUUCAGGAUCUGUCGCAGCCGGCCGCGACCGGGAGACCCAUGGGACGGCGCACAAUUGGCCCAGUGCCGUCCAGGGUAGGGGAGGGUUUGGCCUGGCAGGGAUGUUCUUGUCCCAUCGCGCAUUAGCGACUCCUGUGGCAGACCGGGCGCAGUGCACGCUGACUCGGUUGCCAGGUGUACGGUGUUUCCUCCGGCACAAUGGUGCGGCUGGCUUCCGGGUUAAGCGGGCACUGUGUCAAGAAGCAGUGCGGCUAGGUUGGGUUGUGUUUCGGAGGACACACGACUCUCGACCUUCGCCUCUCCCGUGUCCGUACGGGAGUUGCAGCGAUGGGACAAGACGGUAACUACCAAUUGGAUACCACAAAAUUGGGGAGAAAAAGUGGGUAAAAUACCCCCCCCCCCAAAACAAUAAAUAAUACCAGACGUUAGCUAACAUUUUCCAUUUGUUUUGUGCUAACGUUAGCUAACAGUCUGAGAACAUCGUGUGCGGCGAACGUCAGUGUCUGUUUCGGGUCUAAACUGCCGCUACAAAUAAUAAUGUUGCCAUGUAGGCCUUCUAUUACAUGUAGUAGGAAUAGCAAAGUCAUUUGCAGUUUGAUUACUGUCCCUAAACUGCAACAGUUAUCCUUACAAAAAAAUGAGCUGUUUUGAUGUUUAACUGUAACAUUUUGGAACGUUCAUUCAAAUCGUUCAACUGAAAUUGUUACUAAGUAAGAUGUUCGCCGCAAACAGAACCGUUGUUGAACUCACUCUAUAUUCUUUACUGAGCCUUCUGCACAUUGUGUCACACACCAUGACAGGAUAACUUCAUAACAGACAUGUGUCUCUUACCAAUUGUGUUGAAUUCUUUUUUUAAGGUAAGUUUGUCCAGUCAAUUUGCAAUUCACAAUUCAGUGUGUCACACACCAUGAGAGGGUCACUUCCCAACAGACACCUGUCUCUUCACCAGAACCUGAUAGAUGACCUGAAGUAUGAGCUGACGGGGAAGUUUGAACGCCUCAUCGUCAGUCUGAUGAGACCCCAGGCCUACCAUGACGCCAAAGAGAUCCACGAUGCCAUUGAAGUGAGAUACUGUAGUAGACGUCCACCAUGCCAUCAAAUGAUGAUAUUCAGGAAGUAAAAAGUUAAGAAACAGGAAAAUGAUGAGAGUUGAUAGUACCCACAUCAGACGCCACAUACUAAGUAACUGUUACACAGCCCAGUUAGUAACUUAUGCCAUUCUGUAUUUAAUGUAAAGCUUUAUUUCUAAGGGGGCAGGAACAGAUGAGAAGUGCCUGAUUGAAGUCUUGGCCUCCAGGAACAACGAACAGAUACACGACCUGGUGGAGGCAUACAAGGAUGGUAAGAUAUAGUUCCUUCCUCCCAUGAGAUGGUAAGAUAUAGUUCCUUCCUCCCAUUAGAAGGUAAGAUAUAGUUCCUUCCUCCCAUUAGAUGGUAAGAUAUAGUUCCUUCCUCCCAUUAGAUGGUAAGAUAUAGUUCCUUCCUCCCAUUAGAUGGUAAGAUAUAGUUCCUUCCUCCCAUUAGAUGGUAAGAUAUAGUUCCUUCCUCCCAUUAGAUGGUAAGAUAUAGUUCCUUCCUCCAUUAGAUGGUAAGAUAUAGUUCCUUCCUCCCAUUAGAUGGUAAGAUAUAGUCCUUCCUCCCAUUAGAUGGUAAGAUAUAGUUCCUUCCUCCCAUUAGAUGGUAAGAUAUAGUUCCUUCCUCCCAUUAGAUGGUAAGAUUUCCUUCCCCAUUAUUAGAUAUAUUCCUUCCUUCCAUCCCAUUAAUGGUAGAUCUAGUGUCUUCCCCAAGAUAUGUUCCUUCCUCCCAUGAGAUGGUAAGAUAUAGUUCCUUCCUCCCAUUAGAUGGUAAGAUAUAGUUCCUUCCUCCCAUUAGAUGGUAAGAUAUAGUUCCUUCCUCCCAUUAGAUGGUAAGAUAUAGUUCCUUCCUCCCAUUAGAUGGUAAGAUAUAGUUCCUUCCUCCCCAUUAGAAGCUGAAUGUUGGAGAUACCUGCAGAGCCAUCAAACAAUCGAUCUCGAUCUUGAUCUUGAGCAUCAAAACAACGAUCACAAUGAGGGCAAAAAGCCAAAUACACUUACAGUAUGACAUAAUAAUAAUUUAUUAAACUUUUAUAGUGCUUUUCAUUACAAUCUCAAAGCGCUUUAAGCCCCCCCCCCCCCCAAAAAAAAAAAAAGACAUGCCAUUUUGAAAAACCCAAACAAAUAGUUAAUGGCCGAUCAUGGCAGGCAAGGUAGUUCAUUAAUGGCUUGAGCAGUCAGCACCAGGAGGAAGGGUAGAGUAGAGGCAGUUCAGAGAUGAAACAGAGGGGGGGUCACAUCCAGGGGGUGUCAGACUGGUCCAGAGACGUUCAUCAGGGCACCCUGGCCCUUGCCGUCGCCGAAGCAGUGCUUCUCAGUAGUAGGAUCUGAAAUCAGACUCCAUGUGUAGAACUCCUCCACUACCGAUGUGUAGCACCCACCUGGGUGAAGACACGACAGCCUUGAAAGCACCAGAAAAGCACACUGCACAUCAGUCCAGAAAAGUCUGCCUUGAAGCUAACCACUGGAGAAAACUGCUCAAAACUGCUCAAAUUCAGCAUCUUCAAUGAGCCUGCCAUCUCCAAACACCGCCCCCUUACUUUGAAUCAAAACAUAGCUAGCUGGCUAGUUUAAUAGCAAGUUAGCUAGCUGAGUUUCUUGAUGACAGGGAUGCAUUAGCUAGGCGAAACCAAAUGACUUGAUGAUAGGGAUGCCGCAAACAAAUUAGCUAACAAAAACACACCUCAAAUAUAGUACGGCUAUAGUAUGAAAUAUACCUGUAUUCAGCUGACACACCAAAUACAGCAACAGUAUGAAAUACCCAUACAGCAAAUACAUAUGGACGAUUUUAAUUUGAUCACUAUUCUGUUGCUGAACAUGUUCCUGCUGUGAGAAACUGGUCAAAUUUUAAGAUUAGACAUCUGUACAGCUACAUAUGACAUAUAACUAACAGACAGCAUAUCCCAGUAACCCCGGUUGUAUUAUUAACCGUAUGAGUUGUUACUGUCUUCAGCUUACGGCUCAGACAUCGAGGAGGACGUGACAGGGGACACCUCUGGGCACUUUAAGAAGAUGCUGGUUGUUUUACUUCAGGUUAGUUAAUGCUAUGGCUGCCUGGUCAGGACACUUUAACAAGAUGCUGGUUGUUUUACCCCAGGUCGUUUGUUUUACAAGGCACAGCCAUGGAAAAAGGAAAUGUAAUUGAUCUAAUGUGAUUUUACUAUUUGAAAGGCUUGUUUUCUAACUUUAGUUUUUUUGUAAGUGGAUCUAGUCUGGGAACCAAUCUGUUAACUAACUUGUUGUUGUCCUAACCAAAGCAUUUGUGUAGCUGUUUAGUCAGGCUUAUUGUGUGUGUGUGUGUGUGUAUUUCCAGGGGACCAGAGAUGAGCCAGGAGUAGUGCAUGCUGACCUAGUGGAGGAGGAUGCUCAGGUGAGGGUUUAAAGCAGUAGUACAGGACACAUUCACCACAAUACAAACACCGAGUGUUUCUUACCUUUCCCUUCCUAACCCUAUCAACCUCACUCCUUUCUACCUGUCUGUAAAUAUCCCUUUUCAACACUUUUCAACACUUUUCAACACUUUCAGGCACUGUUUGCAGCCGGGGAGGAGCAGUGGGGCACAGAGGAGUCCAUAUUCAUUAUGUUGCUGGGAAACCGCAGUGUCAACCACCUCCAGAUGGGUGAGUAUAACACACUGGGGUACAUAAACACGAGGCAGAGAGUGACAACAGUAUCAUGACCUCCGCCUGACCAGAACACUGGCUACGUCCCAAAUGGCACCCUGCACCCUACAUAGUCCACUGUCUGUAACCCAUAGAUGUUAAAAGCGGUGCACUAUGUAACGAAUAGGGUGCCAUUUGGAACCCAUCCAUUAUCACAUCAGUGUGGCAUCUACUAGUGUGAAUCGGUCAUUGCUUCUCACACCCACAACAUACAGUGACCCUGGUUGUAUCAGGCUGCUGAGAUAUCUGUCAUACCCUGUACACUACAGUCUAUGGUCUGGGCUCAGUAGUUCACUGACUAGGAUACCGUGCCAGGGAAUGACUCCAUUCUCUCUCUUCUUCCCGCAGUGUUUGAUAAGUACCAGGAGAUAGCAGAGAAGCCCAUAGAGGACAGUAUCAAGAGUGAGCUGUCUGGGGACUUUGAGAGACUCAUGCUGGCUGUCGGUACGCGUUGUCUCGUUCUGAUAACACACCAAGAUGCUUUCACCUGGUUAAAAUCAGACUGAACCAAAUUGAAAUCAAAUUGAACACCGUUGAGUGAACUCACCAUCGUUCAGUCUGGUUAAAUCAGGCUAAAAGAUCAUACCUAGUCAAGUCAUCCAUGAACUCUUAUUCCAACAUGUCUGUCUUGUGCUCACUGUCUCCUACAGUCCAGUGCAUCAGGAGUGUACCUAUGUACUUCGCCAAGCGCCUCUAUAAGUCUAUGAAGGUAAACCUCAACUGUUUGUUCUUCUUUCAGGCUCAGCUGCACUCAAAUCAACCUCACUCUGACCAACAGUCUCUCACUCUCUCUCUCUGUCUGUCUGUCUGUCUGUCUGUCUCUCACCUCCCUCACCUCCCCCUUUCUCUCCAGGGUCUUGGUACGCAAGACAACACUCUGAUUAGGAUCAUGAUUUGUCGUUCUGAGAUAGACAUGCUGGAUAUCCGGGAGUGCUUCCGUAUGCGCUAUGAGAAGUCCCUGUACAACAUGAUCAAGGUGAUACAACUUAAACUUAAUUGAUCUUAAACCCAUAGAUGCUUCGAUCCUAUAGAUUGUAAACUCUAGAUGUUACAAUGCCUCUUGUUUGGAGUUCUGUCUUAGUUUUUAGUCACCUUGUCUAGUGACUGAGAUAAGUGACUUUAUGACUCCAUACUUACUGUAUUUCUCUGUCUAUCUAACUAGCUAUCUAUCUAACUAGCUAUCUAUCUAUCUAACUAGCUAUCUGUCUAUCUGUAUAUAUCCCUGUCUAUCUAACUAGCUACCUGUCUAUCUAUCUCCCUGUCUGUCUGUCUAUCUCCCUGUCUGUCUAUCUAACUAGCUAUAUGUCUAUCUAACUAGCUAUAUGUCUAUCUAACUAGCUAUCUGUCUAUCUAACUAGCUAUCUGUCUAUCUAACUAGCUAUCUGUCUAUCUAACUAGCUAUCUGUCUAUCUAACUAGCUAUCUGUCUAUCUAGCUAUCUGUCUAUCUAACUAGCUAUCUAACUAGCUAUCUGUCUAUCUAACUAGCUAUCUGUCUAUCUAACUAGCUAUCUGUCUAUCUAACUAGCUAUCUGUCUAUCUGUAUCUCCCUGUCUAUCUAACUAGCUAUCUGUCUAUCUGUAUCUCCCUGUCUAUCUAACUAGCUAUCUGUCUAUCUAACUAGCUAUCUGUCUAUCUAACUAGCUAUAUGUCUAUCUAACUAGCUAUCUGUCUAUCUCUAGCUAUCUGUCUAUCUCCCUGUCUAUCUAACUAGCUAUCUGUCUAUCUCCCUGUCUAUCUAACUAGCUAUCUGUCUAUCUCCCUGUCUAUCUAACUAGCUAUAUGGCUAUCUAACUAGCUAUAUGUCUAUCUAACUAGCUAUCUGUCUAUCUAACUAGCUAUCUGUCUAUCUGUAUCUCCCUGUCUAUCUAACUAGCUAUCUGUCUAUCUAACUAGCUAUCUGUCUAUCUAACUAGCUAUCUGUCUAUCUAACUAGCUAUCUGUCUAUCUAACUAGCUAUCUGUCUAUCUCCCUGUCUAUCUAACUAGCUAUCUGUCUAUCUGUCUAUCUAACUAGCUAUCUGUCUAUCUAACUAGCUAUCUAACUAGCUAUCUGUCUAUCUAACUAACUAGCUAUCUAACUAGCUAUCUGUCUAUCUAACUAGCUAUCUGUCUAUCUAACUAGCUAUCUAACUAGCUGUCUGUCUAUCUAACUAGCUGUCUGUCUAUCUAACUAGCUAUCUGUCUAUCUAACUAGCUAUCUGUCUAUCUAACUAGCUAUCUGUCUAUCUAACUAGCUAUCUGUCUAUCUAACUAGCUAUCUGUCUAUCGAACUAACGAUCUGUCUAUCUGCAUAUCUCCCUGUCUAUCUAACUAACUAUCUGUCUAUCUAACUAGCUAUCUAACUAGCUGUAUGUCUAUCUAACUAGCUAUCUGUCUAUCUAUCUAACUAGCUAUCUAACUAGCUAUCUGUCUAUCUAACUAGCUAUCUGUCUAUCUAACUAGCUAUCUGUCUAUCUGUAUCUCCCUGUCUAUCUAACUAGCUAUCUGUCUAUCUAACUAGCUAUCUGUCUAUCUAACUAGCUAUCUGUCUAUCUAACUAGCUAUCUGUCUAUCUAUCUAGCUAUCUGUCUAUCUCCCUGUCUAUCUAACUAGCUAUCUGUCUAUCUUCUAUCUAACUAGCUAUCUGUCUAUCUAACUAGCUAUCUAACUAGCUAUCUGUCUAUCUAACUAGCUAUCUGUCUAUCUAACUAGCUAUCUGUCUAUCUAACUAGCUAUAUCUGUCUAUCUGUAUCUCCCUGUCUAUCUAACUAGCUAUCUGUCUAUCUAGCUAUCUGUCUAUCUAACUAGCUGUCUGUCUAUCUAACUAGCUAUCUAACUAGCUAUCUGUCUAUCUAACUAGCUAUCUGUCUAUCUAACUAGCUAUCUGUCUAUCUAACUAGCUAUCUGUCUAUCUGUAUCUCCCUGUCUAUCUAACUAGCUAUCUGUCUAUCUAACUAGCUAUCUGUCUAUCUAACUAGCUAUCUGUCUAUCUCCCUGUCUAUCUAACUAGCUAUCUGUCUAUCUCCCUGUCUAUCUAACUAGCUAUCUGUCUAUCUAACUAGCUAUCUGUCUAUCUAACUAGCUAUCUGUCUAUCUAACUAGCUAUCUAACUAGCUAUAUGUCUAUCUAACUAGCUAUCUGUCUAUCUAACUAGCUAUCUGUCUAUCUGUAUCUCCCUGUCUAUCUAACUAGCUAUCUGUCUAUCUCCCUGUCUAUCUAACUAGCUAUCUGUCUAUCUGUCUAUCUAACUAGCUAUCUGUCUAUCUAACUAGCUAUCUAACUAGCUAUCUGUCUAUCUAACUAGCUAUCUAACUAGCUAUCUGUCUAUCUAACUAGAUAUCUGUCUAUCUAACUAGCUAUCUAACUAGCUGUCUGUCUAUCUAACUAGCUAUCUGUCUAUCUAACUAGCUAUCUGUCUAUCUAACUAGCUAUCUGUCUAUCUAACUAGCUAUCUGUCUAUCUAACUAGCUAUCUGUCUAUCUAACUAGCUAUCUGUCUAUCUAACUAGCUAUCUGUCUAUCUAACUAGCUAUCUGUCUAUCUAACUAGCUAUCUGUCUAUCGAACUAACGAUCUGUCUAUCUGCAUAUCUCCCUGUCUAUUUAACUAACUAUCUGUCUAUCUAACUAGCUAUCUAACUAGCUGUCUGUCUAUCUAACUAGCUAUCUGUCUAUCUAACUAGCUAUCUGUCUAUCUAACUAGCUAUCUGUCUAUCUAACUAGCUGUCUGUCUAUCUCCCUGUCUAUCUAACUAGCUAUCUGUCUAUCUAACUACCUAUCUGUCUAUCUGUAUAUCUCCCUGUCUAUCUAACUAGCUAUCUGUCUAUCUAACUAGCUAUCUGUCUAUCUAACUAGCUAUCUGUCUAUCUGUAUAUAUCCCUGUCUAUCUAACUAGCUACCUGUCUAUCUAUCUCCCUGUCUGUCUAUCUCCCUGUCUGUCUAUCUAACUAGCUAUCUGUCUAUCUAACUAGCUAUCUGUCUAUCUAACUAGCUAUCUGUCUAUCUAACUAGCUGUCUGUCUAUCUAACUAGCUGUCUGUCUAUCUAACUAGCUAUCUAACUAGCUAUCUGUCUAUCUAACUAGCUAUCUGUCUAUCUAACUAGCUAUCUGUCUAUCGAACUAACGAUCUGUCUAUCUGCAUAUCUCCCUGUCUAUUUAACUAACUAUCUGUCUAUCUAACUAGCUAUCUAACUAGCUGUCUGUCUAUCUAACUAGCUAUCUGUCUAUCUAACUAGCUAUCUGUCUAUCGAACUAACGAUCUGUCUAUCUGCAUAUCUCCCUGUCUAUUUAACUAACUAUCUGUCUAUCUAACUAGCUAUCUAACUAGCUGUCUGUCUAUCUAACUAGCUAUCUGUCUAUCUAACUAGCUAUCUGUCUAUCUAACUAGCUAUCUGUCUAUCUAACUAGCUAUCUGUCUAUCUGUAUCUCCCUGUCUAUCUAACUAGCUAUCUGUCUAUCUAACUAGCUAUCUGUCUAUCUAACUAGCUGUCUGUCUAUCUCCCUGUCUAUCUAACUAGCUAUCUGUCUAUCUCCCUGUCUAUCUAACUAGCUAUCUGUCUAUCUAACUAGCUAUCUGUCUAUCUAACUAGCUAUCUGUCUAUCUGUAUAUAUCCCUGUCUAUCUAACUAGCUACCUGUCUAUCUAACUAGCUAUCUGUCUAUCUCCCUGUCUCUCUAUCUAACUAGCUAUCUGUCUAUCUAACUAGCUAUCUGUCUAUCUAACUAGCUGUCUGUCUAUCUAACUAGCUGUCUGUCUAUCUAACUAGCUAUCUAACUAGCUAUCUGUCUAUCUAACUAGCUAUCUGUCUAUCUAACUAGCUAUCUGUCUAUCGAACUAACGAUCUGUCUAUCUGCAUAUCUCCCUGUCUAUUUAACUAACUAUCUGUCUAUCUAACUAGCUAUCUAACUAGCUGUCUGUCUAUCUAACUAGCUGUCUGUCUAUCUAACUAGCUAUCUGUCUAUCUAACUAGCUAUCUGUCUAUCUAACUAGCUAUCUGUCUAUCUGUAUCUCCCUGUCUAUCUAACUAGCUAUCUGUCUAUCUAACUAGCUAUCUGUCUAUCUAACUAGCUGUCUGUCUAUCUCCCUGUCUAUCUAACUAGCUAUCUGUCUAUCUCCCUGUCUAUCUAACUAGCUAUCUGUCUAUCUAACUAGCUAUCUGUCUAUCUAACUAGCUAUCUGUCUAUCUGUAUAUAUCCCUGUCUAUCUAACUAGCUACCUGUCUAUCUAACUAGCUAUCUGUCUAUCUCCCUGUCUCUCUAUCUAACUAGCUAUCUGUCUAUCUAACUAGCUAUCUGUCUUAUCUAACUAGCUGUCUUCUAUCUAACUACUGUCUGUCUAUCUAACUAGCUAUCUAACUAGCUAUCUGUCUUUUCUAACUAGCAUCUGUCUAUCGAACUAGCAAUCUGUCUAUCGAAUAGCUAUCUGUCAUCUCCCAUAUCUCCCGUCUAUCUAACUAGCUAUCUGUCUAUCAAACUAGCUAUCUAACUAGCUGUCUGUCUAUCAAACUAGCUAUCUGUCUAUCUAACUAGCUAUCUGUCUAUCUACUAGCUAUCUGUCUAUCUAACUAGCUAUCUGUCUAUCUACCUAGCUAUCUGUCUAUCUAACUAGCUACUGUCUAUCUAAACUGCUAUCUGUCUAUCUAACUAGCUAUCUGUCUAUCUAACUAGCUAUCUGUCUAUCCAGCUACUAUCGGUAUAUCUCCCUGUCUGUCUAUCUAACUAGCUACUGUCUAUCUAACUAGCUAUCUGUCUAUCUAACUAGCUAUCGUCUAUCUAACUAGCUAUCUUUUAUCUGUAUCCCCCUGCAUCUAACUAGCUAUCUGUCUAUCUACUAGCUAUCUGUCUAUCUAACUAGCUGCCCUGUCUAUCUCCCUGUCUAUCUAACUAGCUAUCUGUCUAUUCCCGUCUAUCUAACUAGCAUCUGUUUUAUCAACUAGCUAUCUUUAUCUAACUAGCUAUCGUCUAUCUGUAUAUAUCCCUGUCAUCUAACUAGCUACCUGUCUAUCUAACUAGCUAUCUGUCCUAUCUCCCUGUCUCUCUAUCUAACUAGUUCUGUCUAUCUAACUAGCUAUCUGUCUGUCUAUCUAACUAGUCUACUGUCUAUCUAACUAGCUAUCUGUCUGUCUAACUAGCUAUCUGUCUAUCUAACUAGCUAUCGCUAUCUAACUAGCUAUCUGUCUAUCUAACCUAGCUAUCUGUCUUCUGUAUCUCCCGGUCUAUCUAACUAGCUAUCUGUCUAUCUAACUAGCUAUCUGUCUAUCUAACUAGCUAUCUGUCUAUCUAACUAGCUAUCUGUCUAUCUAACUAGCUAUCUGUCUAUCGAACUAGCAAUCUGUCUAUCGAACUAGCUAUCUGUCUAUCUGCAUAUCUCCCUGUCUAUCUAACUAGCUAUCUGUCUAUCUAACUAGCUAUCUAACUAGCUGUCUGUCUAUCUAACUAGCUAUCUGUCUAUCUAACUAGCUAUCUGUCUAUCUAACUAGCUAUCUGUCUAUCUAACUAGCUAUCUGUCUAUCUAACUAGCUAUCUGUCUAUCUAACUAGCUAUCUGUCUAUCUAACUAGCUAUCUGUCUAUCUAACUAGCUAUCUGUCUAUCUAACUAGCUAUCUGUCUAUCUAACUAGCUAUCUGUCUAUCCAGCUAGCUAUCGGUAUAUCUCCCUGUCUGUCUAUCUAACUAGCUAUCUGUAUAUCUCCCUGUCUAUCUAACUAGCUAUCUGUCUAUCUAACUAACUAUCUGUCUAUCUGUAUAUCUCCCUGUCUAUCUAACUAGCUAUCUGUCUAUCUAACUACCUAUCGGUCUAUCUAACUAGCUAUCUGUCUAUCUAACUAACUAUCUGUCUAUCUGUAUAUCUCCCUGUCUAUCUAACUAGCUAUCUAACUAGCUGUAUGUCUAUCUAACUAGCUAUCUGUCUAUCUAACUAGCUAUCUGUCUAUCUAACUAGCUAUCUGUCUAUCUAACUAGCUAUCUGUCUAUCUAACUAGCUAUCUGUCUAUCUAACUAGCUAUCUGUCUAUCUCCCUGUCUAUCUAACUAGCUAUCUGUCUAUCUAACUAGCUAUCUGUCUAUCUAACUAGCUAUCUGUCUAUCUAACUAGCUAUCUAACUAGCUAUAUGUCUAUCUAACUAGCUAUCUGUCUAUCUGUAUCUCCCUGUCUAUCUAACUAGCUAUCUGUCUAUCUCCCUGUCUAUCUAACUAGCUAUCUGUCUAUCUGUCUAUCUAACUAGCUAUCUGUCUAUCUAACUAGCUAUCUAACUAGCUAUCUGUCUAUCUAACUAGCUAUCUAACUAGCUAUCUGUCUAUCUAACUAGAUUCUGUCUAUCUAACUAGCUAUCUAAUAGCGUCUGUCUAUCUAACUAGCUAUCUGUCAUCAACUAGCAUCUGCUAUCUAACUAACUAUCUGUCUAUCUAACUAGCUAUCUUGCUAUCUAACAGCUAUAUGUUACUAACUAGCAUCUGUCUAUCUAACUAGCUAUCUGUCUACUAAAGCUAUCUGUCAUCUACUAGCUAUCUGUCUAUGUAUCUCCCUGUCUAUCUAACAGCUAUCUGUCUAUUAACUACUAUCUGUCUAUAUGUAUCCCCUGUCUAUCUAACUAGCUAUCUGUCUAUCUAACUAGCAUCUGCUAUCUAACUAGCUACGUCAUAUGUAUCUCCUGUCUAUCUAACUAGCUAUCUGUCUAUUAACAGCUAUCUGUCUAUAUGUAUCUCCCUGUCUAUCUAAUACUAUUGUCUAUUAACUAGCUAUCUGUCUAUCUAAUAGCUAUCUGUCUAUCUGUAUCCCCCUGUCUACUGCAUAUCCCCCUGUUAUCUAACUAACUAUCUGUCUAUCUAACUAGCUAUCUAACUAGCCUGUCUUCGUCCUAUCUACUAGCUAUCUGUCUAUCUGUAUAUCUAACUAGCUAUCUGUCUAUCUAACUAGCAUCUGUCUAUCUAAUACUAUCUGUCUAUCGACUAGCUAUCGUCUAUCGAACUAACGAUCUGUUCUAUCUGCAUAUCUCCCUGUCUAUCUAACUAGCAUCUGUCUAUCUAACUAGCUAUCUAAUAGCUGUAUGUCUAUCUAACUAGCUAUCUAACUAGCUAUCUGUCUAUCUAACUAGCUAUCUGUCUAUCCAGCUAGCUAUCGGUAUAUCUCCCUGUCUGUCUAUCUAACUAACUAUCUGUCUAUCUGUAUAUCUCCCUGUCUAUCUAACUAGCUAUCUGUCUAUCUAACUACCUAUCUGUCUAUCUAACUAGCUAUCUGUCUAUCUAACUAGCUAUCUGUCUAUCUAACUAGCUAUCUGUCUAUCUAACUAGCUAUCUGUCUAUCUAACUAACUAUCUGUCUAUCUGUAUAUCUCCCUGUCUAUCUAACUAGCUAUCUGUCUAUCUGUAUAUCUCCCUGUCUAUCUAACUAGCUAUCUGUCUAUCCAUCUAGCUAUCUGUAUAUCUCCCUGUCUGUCUAUCUAUCUGUCUAUCUGUAUAUCUCCCUGUAUAUGUCCCUGUCUGUCUAAGUAGCUUUCUGUUUAUCUGUACAUAUCCCUGACUGUGUGUCUUUUAACAUGGUAUCUUAAUGUUCCGUCUGGUCUUCUACCCAACAGGAAGACACAUCAGGAGAUUACAAGAGGACUCUGCUCGCCCUGUGUGGAGGAGAUGAUGAGUAAGUUAGUUACUGCUGAUUGAUAGAGCUAAUCAUUACUGUGUUUUGCAGUAGUUCAUGUACACCACUUGGGGGCGACAUUGCACCAUCUCAAUUUAUCCACAGUUGGCAGAUUUAAUAAUGCCUUUUCUGAGGAAACAUUAAGCCAAGGAGCUGAAAUCCAAAGCUUCCCAUUUAGAAUGAAAUGCUGUCAUAGUUCAGGAAUGAGUCAGAGGAGAAAUACUAUUCAAAUAUAACUCUCAACGGGCAAGCCUGAAGGGUCCCUGUCACUCAUUGUCAUACCAACAUGAUGUUUGGCUUGACAAGGACAGCAAUGAAGUUGGCAAGAGUACAAACAGAUCUGUGACCAGGCUAGUGUAGGCUAGGGCUACAGCUGAGUCGUUCCAACAAUUCAGUGCCUUUUGAGAAGUGUGACUUGGUUAAAAAUAAACGUUUGAUUUCACCUAUGUUUAACAUUUUUUCAUAAAGAGCACAUGUUUAACUUAAUAAAAAAACAUGUUUUCCCAUCUCAAGAGGUAAAAAUAAAUAAAUGACUAUAUUAAGUGCCAAAUAUAGUAACAGGGUUGACCGUAACAGGGUUGACCAUAAUAGGGCUGACCGUACCAGGGUUGACGAUAACAGCGUUGACCGUAACAGGGUUGAUGAUUCCAUCUUAAAUCAGCCAUAAAUCCCCUUGUGACAGGGGGAACGGAAGCUUCGCAAAAAAAAUUGAAAUUGCUAAAACAUUCUAUCCAGGCGCCGAUGAUGUGGACAUCGAUUAAGGCAACCCCCCCCCACACCUCUCUGAUUCAGAGGGGUUGGGUUAAAUCCGGACGACACAUUAUGUUUGAAUUCAUUCAGUCGUGCAGCUGACUAGGUAUCCCCCUUUCCAUUCCUAUCUAUGGGACCAUGACGUGUUAUGCUUGACCCGCUCAGUUUUCCACCAGAAAGUGGCCAGAAAGACUAGAACCAGCUCACCUGCUUUUACACUAUGAUUUGACUGUUCAAUGUUUCAAAAAAUAAUAAAUAAAUAAAAUAGUUUCACCAUAUUAAAACGACAGUUCAGUUCACGUUACAGGGUUGACCUUAAAAUGAGGGAUUGACAUAAAUUAGUCCAGUGGAGAUUUUUAGCAUGUAAAUCUUGGUGGGGCAAACUCAACAUUUUUUUUUUUUUAGAUGCAUGCCAGCAAAGCCACAACACAACACAACACUAAACAGUACAUUAAUUGCACUAUAACGGUGACAAACGGUGCCCACAAACUGUUAGGGCCUACAUAAAGCUGUCCCAACAGCAGAGUCCCAACACCUUACCACUACUACACCUGGCUAUCAGCGGAGCCUUGUCUGGCAGCGAAACAGUUCAUUCAGCCUCAUUUACUGCCUUUUUAAACAACAUAGCUGAUAUAGCUGACUUGCUUACACAAAUGUGGUUUCUACUGACAAUUGAGAUGUACAAACUAUGGCAUAAGGGAACGAUGAGGCAAUCAGUAAUUUCGAUGAAGACAUUAAUGAGCGAGCUAGGACGGACGUAGUCAAUAUAACUAUUUGUUCAGCACUUUUGAAAUGUACAGCGACAGAAUCUUACAGUAUUCUCCCUGUACACCAAGUCAGAACCAAGUCAGAACCGUAGGAUAAAUAAAGGGGGCAUAUAAGCAGACAAUGAAAGCUCUUACAAUAUUCGAUGAUGACAUUUCUCGAAAACAGGCUAUAGGCUACCAAGUGCACCACCAAGUCAGAACAGUAGGCUAAGUUAUGAGGGGGAAAGGGACCGAAUGAUUAGGGUAAGGCACAUGGGCUACUAACAGCUUACUACACAACAUACACUUAGCUACAGUAUACAUAUCUCCCUGUCAUAUUACAUCAUGUAUGCAGCAGCAUACAAGACACUCACCGUUGUGCUGUGCUCACUUGAACAGGAAGGUGGCACGGCGGUCCUUCUUGUGGGCAAAUUUUGACAUGAAACUUUGGCAUUAAAGUCUGGGAUUCUCUGGAUUUAUGGUGCUUUCAAGACAACUGGGAACUCUGAAAAAAACAAGGUUGAAUCAUGACAUCAGUGAUCUUCAGGUCGGAGCUUUAGAAAGAGGCCCGAGUUCCCGACUUGGAAUUCCUAGUUGGAUGACCGUUCAAAAAGUUUUUUUUUUCAGAGUUCCCAAUUGUCUUAAACUCACUGAAGUCUGAGAUUUCCCAGUUCUGAGUUUCCAGUUGUUUUGAACCUGGCAGAAGUCAUGCUGGAUUGACAGCAUGGCCAAUGUAUUCAACCUUUUCUGGCCCAUGGUGUUGCGUGUGAAUGUUUAUCCUUUAGAGCUUGGAAAAGACACACACCCUCUCCACCGAAUAGCAGGGGAAGCAAAAUAGUGAUGACUUUGCAACGCUUGCAGUUAGACACUGAUUCCUUCCAAACCACUCAUUGUUGAAUUUGUGAUUUCCAACUUGUUAUGUAAUGUUUAUGUCCAAUGGCCGAUGAGCACCGAUAUGUUUUAUCUAUAAUUUCUCUUCAUAUGACAAGGAUUGAAAAGGAUUUGCCAGUAGAUUGUCGACGUGAUUUAUGAUGAUGACUACUUGUCUAGCUUGCUAGCUAAGGUUUUGAAAGUAUGAUGUUGACUUGAUCAGUCCAAUCAAAGCUACGGUAGAUUUAUCAGUGGCCAAUGACCUUGGGGGGGGGGGGGGGGGGGUCAGGGUUAGCUCUGUGGUUUUGUGGUUGGGGGGGGUCAGGGCUAGGGCUGUGGUGGUCACAACAUUUCGUCAGCCGGUGAUUGUCAAGCAAAUAACUGUCGGUCUCACGGUAAUUGACCGUUAACUAACAUAAACACAUUUAGCAUCUCCUGGCUUCCACACACAACCUACAAGCCACUUAUGCAGACCUUUGGAACAUCUACAUUUAAAAAAGUCUAAUAAAUCCAUGUAAUAUAGCCUACACCUUCACAAUAAAUUCAUUAUUUAUUUUAGACAGGUCUAAAGAAACAUGAUAUGAAGAAAAUGUAGUCUAUUUCAGAAGAACAGAAUAGAAUACUCUAAGUUGUCCUUAUGUUAGGUCCUGAUCUGGCUAUGCCAUAUGGCUGUGUGCUACACUAGUUCAUUUAGCAGACAAGAUUUACUUAGAAUUCCGUGGCUUUAUUUUAUAGUAUGAAGAAUACAAUUGAACAAAGCUGAAUAAAAUAUAAAUAUUUUCUCCAAACAAUUUGAGGGAGUGUGCACAUGCGGCUAUUUUGUGUUGAGCGGUUAACAAAGAAACAGGUCCUCCUAUAUGCUUAAUUUAGAGUUAUUAAUGUAACUUUAGUUGUUCUACAAACGUUGGGCUAUAUGUUUUGAUUUCUAAUACAUUGUAAGGCUGCAUGAUGCGACUCUAAUGAUGAUUUGAAAAAAGUUGCUUGAAAGGCAUGAGCUCUGCUUUGUUUUUUGCUCAGGCUGUACACACUUCGUCAGUCUCUCAUUCACAAUUUGAGAAGCACUUGAUAAUGCCUCUAAUUUCCCGGCGGCAUCCCCUUUGUGUGGCCAUAAUGCACCCUAAAAAAAAUCCAUGCCUUUUGCAGCCCUUCCACCUGAGUGCUGCCUGCUCCGAAGCACCUCUCAUCUCACUCACCCCCACUCUCAAUUCCGAGGUGCAUAUUGAAGAUAUUGGAAGAACUGUCCACAUGUGCUUUUCGUCAGCCAACUAGAUGAGUAGGCCUAACGAACAGCAAAAGCACUAGCCUACGUCAAUCUACUAUCCCCCAUAGUACAAAAGUUGACCUACUCUGUGCGAGAAAUAAAUAUUCCAAACAUAGUCUGGGACAGUUGUGGGAUGGAACAGAUCCCAAAUUAAUACAACCACUAGCAUAAAAAAAAAAAAGUUUUUACGCAAUGAGGCUGACGCAACAGAUCAGAACGUUUAGCUUAAAAUGUUGAUAAACUAUUAGGCUAUUUCUUCACAUUAUAAGCGCAGCAAUGCAUACACGGCAGUAGGCUAUAAGCGAGGAUGUUCCAAAAUGCAAUCAAUUAGCGGGAAAACACUGUUCUCAAAAGUGACCACAAAUGCAAUUAUGCAUGUAAUGCUAUAAAGGUGCAUUUUUAUGGUGAAAAUUAUCUUCCCCAAACAUAAAACUCACACACUGCAUGCGUAUGCCAGUUAGGCUCUACACCUGUUGUAAAGCGGAUUAAUGUGCUUAAUUUUAAGACGUUAUUUGGCCAAUUUAGUUGUGAUACAAACCUUAUCUAAACAUAUAGGCCUAUGGGCUAGGCUACAUGAGGUGUGGUACUAUGAUUUGAAAAAGUCACACAAAAAAAGGCAUUGUUUCUUGCUUUAAGCUGGGCAUCAUUCACAAGUGAUAGGCUAAUAUUGUCAUCCAUCAGAAUGUUCUUGAUUUAAUCUUGUCUUUGCCUUUACCAGAUAAUAUAUGUGUGAAAUUAGUUUUGAUUUAGAACGGACCGUUAUCAUGCACCUGUCUCAGAACAGGGGCAUGGGGAAAAAAUACAUGUCAUCUAUGCACUUAAAUAGCGAAUGGAGGGCACUUUUCCCGUGGUUCAUUUUCAUGCCAGCCAGGUAGGCUAUACUCCUGUUGUAAAGAGAAGCAAUGUGCUUAAUAUUAGGAAAGUUGAGAAAUAAAUAUAUAAAUAUAGUAGACCUAGCCUAUAGAAAGCGGAUAGAAUCCUCCUCUUUUUAAUAGAGGCCAUCAAAAAUCAGUUUUGUCACGCAAUAGCAUAGCCUAUAGAAAUGUUGCGCAACAUGAGCUCAUGGGCUCUCAUGAAGUGUUUGAUUUGUUUUUCGAUAACAUUUGCAUUGAUGUCAGAGUGAUUAGACGGACAAUAGAGUGCUGAGUACCAGGCAGUUAGCAAGUUUGGUAGGCUACUAAUGACCAUCAGCGGCAUCAGAGCUUGGAGAACCCUAAUUACCGUGACUAAGCGGUCACUUGGAAUUUGACUGCGGUCAUGACUCGUGACCACCGGUGUGGCGGUAAUACGGUCACCGCAACAGCCCUAGUCAGGGUUAGCUUUGUGGUUGGGGGGGUCAGAGUUAGCUCUGGUUUUGUGGUUGGGGGGUCAGGGUUAGCUCUGUGGUUUUGUGGUUGGGGGGGGGUCAGGGUUAGCUCUGGUUUUGUGGUUGGGGGUGUUAAGUUGAGUCAUGAUUAGAUUUAAUUAGAUACAUUUUAUUAUUACAGUGUCUUGCAUCUUCAGGAUGCCCAGCCCAGAUGGGCUUAUAAGCCACAGUCUGUUUUUAUGAUUCAGUGUGUCCUUGACUCCUUGACUCAUUGGUAUAUAAUUGGCCAUUGCAGCCUAGCAGGAGAGUUCUUCCCAGAGGCUGCUCAGCAAGCCUACAAGAUGUGGGAAAUAAGCGCCAUGACCAAAGUCCAGGUUCGGCCCAUGCCCUCUGCCCUCUACUCACACAUCCCAAAUGGCACC